UUAUAUCAGGUGGGGCACCAGCUGGAAAGUUCAGUUGCAUUUUCGGCUGUGGUAUUGUUCUCUGACCACUGAGUGCACUUGCUGAAGCAGUAGGAGCAGAUGCCUCCGGGGAUUGCGAUGAUCCUUCAGCAGACGACAUAAAGGCAGAAAAGUGGUUGACAAAGGCAAAUUGAGCCAAAAGAUGUUUUAAAACCCAGCUUCAGAUGUUGAAAGAUCACGUGUGAAACUUGUUGCUUCAGUGAGCUGGUAUGCAAAAGAGCGAAUCAUUUUGCGCGCUAUUGUUGUCCACCAAUACAGCUGUCCAAUAAUAUCCAGCUCUAUGACAGACGUCCACCAACAGCACCAACAGCGACAGCAACAGCAGUACGCGCAAAAUAUGAACCAAUACUCUGACUCACAAGGGGUCAUGGGAGCUAGAGUUCAUAAUCAAACCGACGACAUUGUUCAUGCCAUGACUCAACGUCCGCAACAACCGAUACUGUAUGACAGUCGUCUCGCCAACUUUAGCCAAGCACAAGCGUUUCCUACUGCUACCGUCGGCGAUAAUACCUAUCGACAAGGAUCAGCUGAAGCUCAAACACACGACGCUGGUGCAUCUGUCUCUAUGCUAGCAGCAAAUGCUGAGCCAGCAGAUAGUGAACCUUUAUAUGUAAAUGCAAAGCAGUAUCACCGAAUAUUGAAACGAAGAGCUGCUAGAGCUAAAUUAGAGGAGGCUCAUCGACUGGCUAAAAGUCGCAAGCCGUAUUUGCAUGAAAGUCGGCAUAAACAUGCUAUGCGUCGACCAAGAGGUCCAGGUGGCCGGUUUUUGACUGCGGCUGAGAUAGCAGAAAUGGAAAGUGCGAACUCUCAACCAGGCAAUGCCAAGAGUGAAGACAAAGGACAACAGUGAUUCUCUUAGGCAUUGCAGCAAUUUCCAUCAAACAGUACACUCAAUAAUAUCAUUUGCUUUUUUAAAGCUAUAUCGUAACCUAAGCUCGAUGGAUUUUUGUUUUAUUUUGUUUUCGCUUCGAGUUUUUUUCUUUUUCUCUUUUCUUGGGCUUUGGUUUGGCUUCAUAAAGCUUUAUAAAUUCGUAGAUAUUCAGUAACACAGCUUUCACACCUGUUGAUAUGGAAAUGAAGUUUGAUCUGAUUUUCAAA